AUAAGUUAACGUAAAAAUGAAAUGAAGCGAGAAAAGAGAGUCCCCUCACCGGAUGUUAUAGUGUUAUCUGACAAUGAACCUUCUAGCCCAAGAAUGAAUGGGUUAACAAAAAUAGCAUUGAAAGAGACCAACACAGAGGCACUCAUGGUGAGUCUUAAAAGCAGCCCCGAGGAGCGCGAGAGAAUGAUUAAACAGCUGAAAGAAGAGUUACGGUUAGAAGAAGCAAAGCUUGUUUUGUUGAAGAAGUUACGGCAAAGUCAGAUCCAGAAGGAGACCACUGCUCAGAAGACCUCUUCUACGCGUAUACCGGGCACUGUAAUUCCUCCUCCCUUGGUCCGUGGAGGGCAGCAGACUUCUUCGAAAUUAGGAACACAGCAGAACACGCAGAUUGUGAUGCCGCCUCUCGUCAGAGGAGCACAGCCCCUCUCUGUGUCUUCCCAGCAAAUCCACAACAUCCGGCAGCACUCCAGCACGGGGCCGCCUCCGCUGCUGCUGGCGCCCAGGGCAUCGGUCCCCAACGUGCAAAUCCAGGGGCAGCGAAUCAUCCAGCAGGGGCUGAUCCGCGUCGCCAACGUCCCCAACACCAGCCUGCUCGUCAACAUCCCGCAGGCUUCACCGACCUCGCUCAAAGGUACAGCGGUGACAUCCGCUCAGGCUAACGUCACCACCACCAGCGCCGCCUCCAUCGUCAACUCCAGCGACUCUCCGGCCAGCCGGCAAGCUGCUGCCAAGCUGGCCCUGCGGAAGCAGCUGGAGAAGACGCUGCUGGAGAUACCUCCUCCCAAGCCGCCCGCACCCGAGAUGAACUUCCUGCCCAGUGCAGCCAACAACGAGUUCAUUUACUUGGUCGGGUUGGAAGAAGUUGUGCAGAAUUUGCUGGAAACUCAAGGUAAAGUUUCGGUUGCGGUAUCGUCUCGCGAGCCCUACAUGUGCGCCCAGUGUAAGACCGACUUCACCUGCCGCUGGAGGGAGGAGAAGAAUGGCACCAUCAUGUGCGAAACCUGCAUGACUUCAAAUCAGAAGAAGGCCCUGAAGGCCGAGCACACGAACCGGCUGAAGGCCGCCUUUGUCAAGGCGCUGCAGCAGGAGCAGGAGAUCGAGCAGAGGAUACUGCAGCAGACGGCAUCUCCCGUACAGACCAAGUCAGACCCCAUCGUGCAGCACCACUCGCUCAAGCAGCCCUCCAGCCAGAUGUCUCGAGGCGCCGGAGCUCCGCGGGGCGUCUUGCAUGCGUUUAGCCAGUCCCCCAAGUUGCAGAACGCGUCGUCUGCAGCAGCACUGGGGAGCAGGCCAGGUAAGCAUGCAGAGAGACCUGCCGGCAAGGGCAGCGCUGCCGCCUGGAAGAAGACUUCCAUCAAUACAGGUGGGGCUCUACCCUUCGUCAGCCCCAGUUUAGCUGUGCACAAGUCGUCUUCAGCAGUGGACCGCCAGCGUGAAUAUCUCCUGGAUAUGAUCCCCCCCCGGUCCAUCCCACAGUCCGCCACGUGGAAAUAGUGCAGAGGAAUCCCCCAGAGGAAGACUUUCCUGUUUCUGCCAUCCUUUUUACACCACACAACAGUGGAAUCCGCUUCAAUCCCGGCUGGAUACGCCCCAGGCUUUCUAGGAUGCAAGAAGACCGCUCCUCACCCCAUCGAGCACUGCUGUCCCUGCUGUGAGAAACGCUGCCGUGUGGGUGGGAAAGACUUCAGCUCCUUUGGUUCUCAGAUGUUGGUGAUCGACUGACGAUGAAGGGGAAGGAUUCUUCUUUCUUUUGGGCUUUUAAUGUAUUUAGUUUGGAUUUUUUUGGCACC